CUUUCUCCCGGAGCCUGUCACGUGAGCAUGCAGCUCCAUGGGUGGAGCUUCGCUUCCUCCCGCUCCGGUGUCUCGCGGGGCUUGGCGCUGCGGUAGGAGGCAGAAGGACGGAGCCGGUCUCUGUUCGCUUCUCCGUGUCGCCGCCGUUCCCCUCCCGCCCCAGGCCGUGUCGCGCUGUGCCCGGCCUGAGAGGAGGAUGUCGGGCUCCGGGUCGCUCUGCCUGUUGCUGGCCGCCGCCAGCCUCAUCUCGGGUCCCGCCGCAGCGCAGAACGAGCCCAGGAUCAAUGCCAGUGAGGCUGUGAACAUUCACCAGUAUAGUUCUCCCAUCGUCCUGCAAUGUAACCUCACCACAAGUCCCAGCCCCCUCACUUACAGCUAUUGGGUGAAGAAUGGGGAAGAAAUUUCUGGCACUAAGAAGAAUUCCAGCACCACAGAGCACAAGAUUUUGAAACUCCGAGCAGAUGAGUCGGGGGAAUACUUAUGUGUGUUCAUGUUUGCUAACUCGCCAGCAGCCAACUUCACUAUAGAAGUGAAAGCUAUUCCUGAUAUCACUGUCCACAAGCGAAGUGAGAACAAAAAUGAAGGGCAGGAGGCAGUCAUGUAUUGCAAGUCUGUGGGCUUCCCCCACCCCGACUGGGUGUGGCGCAAGAAGGUCAAUGGAGUAUUUGUGGAAAUCAACAACUCUUCUGGCCGAUUCUUCAUUACAAAUAAAGACAAUUACACUGAGCUGAGUAUCACAAACCUCCAGAUAAGUGAGGAUCCUGGCGAGUAUGAGUGCAAUGCAACCAAUCCAAUUGGCUCUGCCUCUGCCACCACCAUCCUGCGAGUGCGCAGCCACUUGGCCCCUCUCUGGCCCUUCUUGGGGAUAUUGGCAGAGAUUAUCAUCCUUGUCGUUAUCAUAGUCGUUUAUGAGAAGAGGAAGCGGCCAGAUGAAGUCCCAGACGACGACGAACCAGCUGGGCCAAUGAAAAGCAACUCUACAAACAAUCACAAAGAUAAAAACUUACGCCAGAGAAACACAAAUUAAAAAUAAUGCGUGUAAUAGCUUUAAGUUUCUGAGAGACUGAUGGCAAUAUAACCUGCUAAAUUAAUGGUUGGAACUCUUGGUUCUAGAACUCCAGUUCUAUUUGAUUUUUCCUUUCAAGUGAGCAACAAUAUGACUGUCUAUAAAAGCAUGCCUUAUUUAGCCUGUCCUGUAAGGAUGACGUACCCAGACACACUUUAACAAUGCUUCAGUGUAGAAGGUGUAAACUAUUUUGGGCUUGAUGUGCUGUGAAUGUUGCUUUUUUCCCUUAUGGUAUAUAAACAUUAGAAAUAAAGUCAAAUCAUGCAUG